AGAGAUAGUUCGCAGGCCAAAAUUUCGAGGUCGUGUUUGGAUGUUUACCAAAAUGGACUUAUAGAAUAUCUGCAUACUUUAUGUAGACUUCUUUAAAUAAUUAGGAUGGCUUUGUAAAUAUCUUUUCUGUGUUGGAGUAUUUGAAAAAGAAUUUCUGAUUUUUAAAAAUUAAGAGCCCAUUCCUUUAUCAUUGUGAUUCGCCGUUGUUUCGAUUUCGAAGGUGCGUAUUUUGACGUCAUCGUGUUUUUCGAGUUUUGAAAAUUAGGUUGAAAUUAUCCCUGGGGGUCGGGAUAAUGGAGGAUUGUGACUUGUCACAGCUUGAUGAUCUCACAGAGGUGUCAAUUUUACAGGCUGUUAAAAGAAGAUAUGAACAGGAUAAAAUUUACACCAAUGUUGGUGAUAUUUUGAUAGCCGUCAACCCUUACAAGGAUCUACCGUUGUACGACAAAAAGAAUCAUGAAGAAUAUGGAUGGAGAGACUUCAAGGCAAAUUUGCCUCCACAUGUCUUUCAAGUGGCAGCAAGGGCCUAUAGCAGGAUGCGUCAGAACCAGACAAACCAAAUUAUUCUGGUCUGUGGUGAAUCUGGUUCAGGAAAAACCGAGAGUACAAAGUAUAUGGUGCAGCACUUCAUGCACAUGUGUCCAGAGGAGUCCGGCGACCUGCAUGACAGAAUUAUCAAGGUGAAUCCCUUACUGGAAAGCUUUGGGAAUGCCAAGACAAUCAUGAAUGACAAUUCCAGUAGAUUUGCCAAAUUUCUGGAGUUGAGUUUUAGAGGUGAUGGACAAGUGAUUGGGGCCAUGAUCAAAGACUACAUGCUGGAGAAAUGCAGAGUGGUAGGAAGAAGCCAGGAUUGUGGAGAGGGAAAUUUCCAUAUUUUCUAUGGAAUGCUUGCUGGGAUGUCACAGGAGGAAAAGCAAGCUCUGUACCUUCGGAAGCCUGAAUCAUACAACAUACUACUGGGUAGUAUUGACAAUUUACGAUUGACACAACAUUAUGCCAAACAGUAUAAAGAAAACAUGGAAACUCUGAGGCAGAUAGGGAUGACAGAAGCUGACAGAAAGGUCAUGACCUGUAUGCUGGCAGCCAUCUUGCACCUAAGUCAAGUAGAAUUUCAAGAGACAGACAAAAAUUCUGGGGAACUGAAAAUUGUAGAUACAGAGUUGGUUGAGCAUGCCGCUGAGCUGCUAGAUGUAGACUGUGAAGCACUCGGACAUGCUCUAAUAUCUUCCACUACAAUAAUGGCAGGUGAAGAAAUUAAAGUAUUUAAGAGUUUGGACCAAGCUAGAGAUGGCCGAGACGCCCUCGCUAAACACAUGUACGAGAGACUGUUUGGGUGGAUUGUGAAGAAAAUCAACAACAAUCUGCACCCUCGCAAGAAAGAAGCAAGGAAGGAAACCACAGAGAUUGGUGUUCUAGACAUUGCAGGUUUUGAGAAGCUCAAGACAAAUAGUUUUGAGCAAAUGUGCAUUAACGUUGUGAAUGAAAGGUUGCAAAACUUCAUGAACAAAGUUGUGAUCAUUCAAGAAAAACAGAUCUAUGACUCUGAAGGAAUACCUCAGGAUAAAGUGGAGUUCAAGGACAACCUGGAUGUUAUACAGUUAUUUGAACUUUCGACAAUUGGGAUUUGGCCGUGUCUUGAUGAGGAAUCCAAGUUUGCUCAGGGUACUGAUCUGAAGUUUGUGGAGAGACUGAAAAAAACUUUCAACAAAAGUCAUGCUUUACACAACCUCCUCACGUUCCCAAGGGGUGAAAGGGCAGAAUUCGGUGUCAAACAUUUUGCAGGGGUGGUGUGGUACAACUGUAACAACAUACUGGAGAAGAACCGAGACAGUUUGAACAAGGAUCUGGAAAAGGUGAUGAAGCAAAGCACAGACGAUUGCAUUGCAGACUUGUUUACCAUCAAGAAAGGAGACACUGGAACGAUAUCUAAUACCAUGGCCAAUAUAAGGAUGUCCAGGAAAGUACCAGGCCUGGGAGCCUCCAUCAGACCAAAGACAGACAGGGGGAGGAUGCUGGCUGCUGAUCUGGGAAGCACCCUCAAGGACAAAUAUGGGAAGGUCGGUAAACCAACGGAACUCAUCUAUAUGCCAAAAGACCACAAAACAGUGAUGAGUUACUUUCAGAAAUCAGUUUCUCAGCUAUUGCAAAAGAUGAGACAGGCAGAUCCAUAUUUUGUGAGGUGUAUCAAACCAAACACCAGCAUGGCAUCAGACACCUUCAAUGAAGUCAUGGUGCGAGACCAGCUAAAGUACAAUGGAAUCUCAGAGAUAUCUAGAAUAAGGAAGGAUGGGUAUUCUGCAAGGAUCUCUAUGGAUGAUUUCAUCAAAAGAUACAAACCAUUGUUUUCCAUCAAAGUAUCUGACAAGAGAGAAGAUACCAUUAAAUCCAUACUGGACUCUAUUCUGCCCCCUGAUCUAAGAGACCAGUACCGCAUAGGGAAGUACAAGGUCUUCAUGAAGGACAGUGUGAAUACACACAUGGAGAAGAUCCAUUACAUCAGGCAGAAGCAGGCCAUAGCAGUGAUAGCCAGUGGAAUGAAGAAGAUCACAGAGAUCAAGAGGAAGGAGAGACUGAGAAGGGAGCAGGAAGAGAGAGAAAGAAAGGAAAAGGAAAGGGAGGAAAGAAAGAGGGAAAUGGAGGAAAGAAAGAAUAAAGCAGAAGAGAAGGCAGAGGAAACUGGGCCAAGUUCUUCAUCUUUUAACCCAACAAGUGAAACACGCUUUGGAAAUCAGAACCUUGGUUCAAGUUAUGUCGGAAAACCGGAUGAUAACGGGGAAGACUCAAUAAAGUCGGAGGACAAUGAGGAUGUUCCAAAAGAAAAUAAGUUUCCGAAUCUCAGGGGCACCAAGAGACCAGACAGAGAGUUUACAAAUUACAUAAGUUCAAGCAGUGAAUCAGCUGAGUCUGCAGAUACCUCCACACCAGAUAAUCCCCCACCCACCCCUCCACCCCCCAGAAAAAACUCAGUGAAGAAAGAGCCAGGGCCACCCCCUAAACCAGACACUAAAUUCUGGGACAUCUUCCAAGUCAUUGCCCGUGAGAAGAAAGGACAAGAUGUCCACACUUACAUGAGUCUGAGGGUCAUCAAGAUCAUUACCUACAUCCUGUUGUUUCUUAUACUACUGGCCUGUCUGGUCAUUCAGAAAAUCAGCCUUAUGACACUUGUCUCAGAACUACGACCAAAACGGAAAGGAGAUCAUAAUGAAAGUCAAGAUGCAAAGGAUGAAGAGGCCAGUGUCCGAUAUUUUCUGACUCUGAUUGCGAUGUGUACACCUUAUGCUCUCAUUUUUGUCACCAGUGUGUGGAGGUCCCUGUUUGGAAAUCUACCCUUUCCAGGCUUCACAAGUAUUAUUUUGUGUGUGUUUAUUGAGAUCCUCCACUCCCUGGGUCUAAGUCUUCUGGUUUUCCACCUCCUCCCAGACCUUGGAGCCGUACAAGGAGUGGGCAUCCUUAGCGCCACGGUCAUCUUCCCCAGCAUUCUAAAACCAAUCUUCUCCAAUGACCCAGACGACUCUGAAAAAGGGUGCAAAAGGACUGUUAGAAAGAUAGUCUUUUUUGUUUUGGACUUGUUAGCAUUUUUUGUCCAGUUAUCCGCAAUACCUGUGCUAAUUAUUCCCAAUUUGCAGUACAUACAUGGAAAUGAGACACACACUGUGAACACUUUGAACAUUUUUAACCAAACAAGUUUUGAGCCUGGAUUUGGCAUGGAAAAUGCUCUGGAGAAAGUUAUGGGUGUUGGAGCCUUGCUCCUGUGCUCUGUUUCUUGGUGGGAGAAUUUUGUAGAUGAUAAAGUCUGUUGGAGCGAGAAAGGUCGAAUCAAGCAGGCUUUCCUCAAACUAAAAUUUGACUUGCAAGAAAGCAGGGCAUAUAUACGCAUGUUUACCUCUUUUACUAAGAUUGGGGUAACAGUGCUCUUUGCCUAUGUUUUGAUGGAAGACCCAAUAUCUUUUGAUUUUAAAGAAAAUGUGAGCAAUCUGUCCUCUUUCAAAGAUGCCAAGCUAUACUCUGACAUUGUUGCCUUGGUGGUUUCUGGUUUCCUUGGAUACUAUUUGGCCUACACUGUUUGCAAGCUUCAAAUGCAGAAACUAUCUUUUUCUAUCCCAUGCUUACUGUCAACCCCGAUAGCCAUCAUUGCAUUGUCCUUGGAGUGUAAUGUGGAGGAUGUAACAUACAUUUCAUCUGUUUCAAGUCACAGUUUAAAAACCAGUUGUGAUAAGGAUAUCUUGAACCUGUGGAUUCAUCUUCCACUUAUGGCCUUGUGGUUAAUUUCUUUGUACUGGGUGGGAAGACACAUUUGGUUUCCAACUCAGGAAAGACUGGCCAAAGUUGAAAGGUUGUUCCUUAAUCCCAUGUAUUGUGGCAUUCUUAUGGAGCAGCAUUUAGUGAUGAACAGGAGACGACAUAACCGCCGGGUUGUUACAUACAGACAGACCACCAAUGGACCAAUUCUCUACAAGUUAACCAAAGACGACCAGAAAAUGGGAGCCAGUGAGAAGAGUAACGAGAUGUCAAAGGAGAUUCCUCCUAUGAUUUAUGCCUGUGCUACCAUGUGGCACGAGAACCGGGUGGAAAUGGUCCAGCUCCUCAAGUCUCUGUUUAGAAUGGACAAAGAUCAAUUUUUGAGAGAAAAGGCAUAUGAGCUGGCAGAAUAUAAAAACAUGCAGGAAAUAGAAUACUACGAGUUUGAAGCCCACAUUCUCUUUGAUGACGCCUUUGAGCCAGAUGAUGAUGGAGAGAUGGUUCCCAAUGCUUUUGUGAAUUUAUUUGCUUCAUUAAUGAAUGAAGCAGCCAGUGCUGUACAUUCUAAGGCAAUAGAACUGGACCCUCCUUUUGUUAUUCCCUCUAAUUAUGGUGGUCAGGUAAUUUUCACAAUGCCAGGUGGGAAUUUUAUUUACACUCAUCUGAAAGACAAAGGAAAGAUCAGGCACAGGAAAAGGUGGUCACAGGUGAUGUACAUGUACUACUUGCUGGGGUAUCGAAUUGUCAAGGAAUGUCAAACUCUGGUGAUGGAUGCACUUGAUAAACAGGAUUUUUCAAAAAUUGCAUCAUGGGAUGACAACAUAAAAACUGUGACUGGUUUGUCCGGGAAAAGUCAUAUCUUCCAAAUGUUGGAUGAGGAGGUCUUAUUCAGGGCUGAGAAUACAUUCCUUUUGGCCCUGGAUGGAGAUGUAGAUUUCACACCAGGGGCGGUCAGGUUACUACUGGAUAGAAUGAGGAAAAACCCAAAAGUAGGAGCAUCCUGUGGCAGGAUUCAUCCUAUUGGCAGUGGACCUAUGGUUUGGUACCAGAAAUUUGAGUAUGCUGUUGCUCACUGGCUUCAGAAGGCUACAGAACACGUCCUGGGUUGUGUCCUCUGUUCCCCGGGGUGCUUCAGUUUGUUUCGUGGUUCUGCCCUCAUGGAUGACAAUGUGAUGAGAAAAUACACCAUUUUGCCAACAGAGGCAUCACACCAUCUGAUGUAUGAUCAAGGUGAGGACCGCUGGUUAUGCACACUGCUGUUACAACAAGGAUACAGGGUGGACUAUGCGGCAGCAUCAGAUGCCUUCACCUACGCUCCGGAGGGUUUCAAUGAGUACUUCAACCAGCGGAGAAGAUGGACUCCCUCCACCAUCGCUAACAUUCUGGAUCUUCUUCAAGAUGGCAGUAACACGGUAGCCUCCAAUAACAAUAUCAGCUGGCUCUAUAUCAUCUACCAGGCUGCAUUAAUGGUUUCCACCAUUAUUGGUCCAGCAACAGUUCUGAUGAUGAUAGCAGGUGCCCUCCUGACCGUUUUCAGUGUCGAUCUGAUCACUUCCUACAUAAUCUCCCUCAUACCAGCGAUACUGUACUUUAUCAUCUGCUUCAUCUUCAAACCAAAUAUACAGCUAAUUGUUGCCCAGGUUCUCAGUGGAAUUUACGUAUUCAUCAUGAUGGUGGUCUUCGUAGGAGCUAUUAUUACUGCAGCAACUGUGACACCCUAUCACCCCAGUGUCAUUUUCUUGUCUGGACUGGUUUUAAUCUUCCUGAUAGCAGCAGCUUUUCAUCCUCGGGAGUUCCACAAUUUGAUUUACGGAGUUUUAUACUUCUUGUGGGUGCCAUCUGGUUUUCUUGUGCUGGUCAUUUAUUCUUUGACCAACCUCCAUGUUGUUUCCUGGGGAACUCGAGAGGUUCCAAAAAAGAAAACCAAAGCAGAACUUGAAAAAGAAGAACAGGAGAAGAAGGAGAAAGAAGAAAAGAAAAAGAAGGAAUCUUUCUGGAAUAAGUUUUUCCCCUUUUUCAACCUUGUCCAAGACUUGAAGCAAACUAUCACCGAAAAAUUGUCCACCGAAAAUAAAAAGGAAAACGAUAAACUGACGGAAGUAUUGAUCAAAAUGAAUGAGAAUUUGGAGAAAAUGAACAAGCAGAAAGAUGGAGUGGGAUUAGAAGAAGUGGUGGUGGAAGAGAAAAAUCCAAAGAAGGAGAAGAAGACUGUUAGAUUUGCAGAAAAGAAUGAGGAGAAGGAGAUGGAAGAAUUUGAUGAAGAGCUGUACAUGUAUGAGGAGCAGAAGAAGAAGAAGAAGAAGAGAGAUCCCCUUAUCAAUCCAGUCUGGGUAGAGACAGAAGCAUUUAGUGGAGGGGAGAUGAUGCAGAUGAACCAAGAAGAAAAAUUCUGGAAAGGUUUUGUGGAUAAGUAUUUGUAUCCUUUGGAAAAGAACAAAGAGAAAGAGAAGAAAGACAGUGCAGCUUUAAUAGAGCUCCGAAAUAAUGUCUGUGGUGGAAUGGCUCUCAUCAACGUUCUGUGGAUUGCCAUCAAUUUCAUGUUCCAACUGAGGAAGCCAACAGUUGUCUCCAUUCCAUUACCUUCUGGAAAAGAUCCUGAUGAUUUAGAAGAAGAUAUAGGUACGCAGAGAGCAGAAAAUGUUCUAAAAGUUGACGUGGUUGGUCUGAUGUUUGUCAUAUUCUUCCUCUUUAUUCUGCUAAUCCAGUUCAUUGGCAUGAUCAUUCACAGAUGGGGAACCUUCAUGCAUCUUAUUGCCAUUACUGAAAUCCCAAAUCCAUGGAGAAGGAAACUGGAUGAUGGAAAAGAUAUAACAAUAAAUACAAAGAAUAAAGGAAAAAUGGCACUAGAGUUUUGCGAGAGGUUCAUGGCUGAACCAUUGCCAGAUUAUCCAGAUGAUGAUGAAACGAUAGAAGAACAGUUAAAAGAGGAUGAAAGAAAUCUAGCUAGGGAGAAGAUCAAAAACAUUGCAGAAACAGGAACUAAAGAUAGAGCAGGGCAAGACUUGCGAAUGUCAUUGAGAAACUCAAUAAUGGGCAGGUCAAUGAAUAGAGACUCCUACAGUAACAAUCUGGAGAGGUCAAGGAAAAUUACCCUAGGUAAUGCAGAUUUCCUUAAAAAGUCAGCAAAAUUCCUUGAAGAUAUUAAAAAUCCAACUGAUGAUGAAGUAUCAAGAGUACGCUACAGGAAAAACAAACACAAGGAUAAAUUAACCCCAUAUAUUGGGAAGACACUACCAGAAAAUGAGAGUGCAGGAGUCAGAAGGUUUGGAUCCACAGCACCUGCACAGAGAGAUUUCUUGGAAAAGAUGCGAUCACAUAGCACCCUGACAGAGAGAUAUAAGCUAGGGGCUACUAGAAGGGAAACCGGGGCAGCAGGUAUUGGAAGGUCUUUCAGAAGAACUGAUGAUGUUGACACAGAAGAGGAUAUUUAUGAUGAAAUUCCCGCUACAGGGACACUGGGCAGAGCUUGGGUGAAAAAGAUGCGAGAAUUCAAUAAGCCGUCAUCCUCCACUGUACGGAAUGGAAGAACUAACAGUGGUUAUAAUCAGUGGCUGAACUGAGAGAAGAUGGUUGAAACAAAAUUCAGCCAUUACAAGUGAUGCAGAGGUCAGAAUGUCUUUCAAAAGUUUAAGAGUGGACUCGAGUACUCAGCUUUGUAAAUAGCCUGUCUGAAGACUGCAGAUAAUGCUUAUGUUAUAUUUUAUAAAUAUAUACACAUGUGAUAUAGACUUGAUUUUUACCUAUAACAUUGCUGACUUUUUUGGCAUUUUCAUGGUAUUACGUGUUUAUUAGUGUAAAGUAUUAAUUUUUUGAAAAAAAAAAUUGUACUCUUUUUAUGUAUAUUUCAUUAUAAA